AUGGAACAGCCCACGUUCGCGGACCUGGAAUACGACGGCAAGAAGCGGAAGACCCGGCGGGAGAGAUUUCUGGAACGCAUGGACGGACUGAUUCCGUGGGGCCGGCUCGAGGACCGCAUCCGACCGUUCUAUCCGAAGGCGGGCCGAGGGCGCCGUCCUUAUGAUCUGUCAGUGAUGUUGCGCAUUCACUGUGUGCAGUUGUUCUACAAUCUGAGCGACCCCGCGAUGGAGGACAUGCUCUACGAGAUCGAGUCGGUCAGACGGUUCGUGGGCGUGAGGCUGUCUGGGCCGCUGCCGGACGAGACGACGAUCUUGAACUUCCGACAUCUUCUGGACACCCACGAUCUGGGUGAGGGUCUGUUCGAGGAGAUCAACCGUCAUCUGGAGUCGCGUGGACUGCGUCUUCAGGAAGGGACGAUAGUGGAUGCGAGCAUAAUAGAGGCACCGUCGUCUACGAAGAAUCGGGCUGGUGCGCGAGACCCCGAGAUGCACCAGACGAAGAAGGGCAACGAGUGGUACUUCGGGAUGAAAGUGCAUAUUGGGGUGGAUUCUCAGACGGGCAUGGUACACAGCGUAUGUACGACAUCGGCCAACGUGCAUGACGUGACCCAAGCCCAUCGGCUGCUACACGGUGGAGAAACGCAAGUGUGGGGCGAUUCUGGUUAUCAGGGAGUUGGUAGACGCCAAGAGAAUAGUCAACGGCAAGUGAAGUGGGAAAUUGCGAUGAGGCCCGGUAAGCGUCGGCAAUUGGCGCAGGGAAGUGAUGAGACGCUGGUGGAGAAGCUCAAAGCAUCGGUGAGAGCGAAGGUGGAGCAUCCAUUCCUGUACGUGAAGCGGCACUUUGGCUACAGUAAGGUACGCUAUCGUGGGUUGGCCAAGAACACGCAACGCCUGGCUGUGCUGCUGGGAUUCACCAACCUGAUCAGAGCCGAGCACUGCAUGGCCGCAUCAUAG